AUGGGAGGCAGCAAGGUGUCGUUCAAGAUCGUACUCACGUCGGACCCCAAGCUGCCGUACCGAGUGCUCUCGGUGCCAGAGGAGGCGCCGUUCACGUCCGUCAUCAAGUACGCUGCCGAGGAGUUCAAGGUGAGCGCGAACACCAGCGCAGUCAUUACGUCGGAAGGCGUUGGCAUCUCCCCGCAACAGACCGCCGGGACGGUCUACCUCAAGCACGGCAGCGACCUGCGGCUCAUUCCACGGGACCGCGUCGGGGCCCUGGCCGCCUUGUGA